GAGGAAGGGAGGGGGAUAGUAUCAGUGAGGACGCCUCAGUCUCUCCACGCCGCGCUCCGUGGAUGACCACUGCCCCUCUGCCUAAGAGGCUUCAGCCCUAUACAGCCGGCAGUGUUUUUUUAAAAUUAACUUUGCUUUUUCUUUUUUUCAUCUUUCUUUUCUCUCUCGUCUCCCUGGCGUCCGGAGACGCUUGCUGUCCUCUCUCCCAGCCAGUGUGGCACCGGAGCACAAGCUUACUGCUUCGUUUUUAAGAAAAUUUUUAUUUUUUUAAUCUUGCGUCUCCUCUGCGUCUCUGUUUCGAAUCCUGCCUUUUCCCGCCCAGACCAUGCCGGUGGUUGGGGUGGCCUCUAAGCUUAGGCAGUCGGAGGUGGGCUCCAAGCCGAUUCAAACUGCGCACCCCAUGCCCAGCCUGGACCGCGCCCCCAUGGCGACAAGGGGUUACCUGCCCAGGGGCUCGGAUUUGAGGGGUGGCGACCCGGCCGCUUUCUCCUGUACGCUGUCAAUCGCGUCCGCAUACGGGUACCGCCAGCGGAAGGCUGUCUCGGACUGCAGCAAGGAGUUGCAGGACCGCAAGAUUUACACGGAUUGGGCCAAUCACUACCUGGCCAAGUCCGGCUGCCCGCGGCUUAUCAAGGACCUGACGCAGGACAUUGCUGACGGGGUUCUGCUGGCAGAGAUCAUCCAGAUCAUAGCUAAUGAGAAGGUGGAAGACAUCAAUGGCUGCCCCAGGAAUCACUCUCAGAUGAUCGAGAAUGUGGACGCCUGCCUCAGUUUCCUCGAAGCCAGAGGUGUGAACAUACAGGGGCUCUCCGCCGAAGAGAUCGGAAAUGGGAAUCUGAAGACCAUCCUGGGCCUGUUCUUCAGCCUCUCGCGGUACAAGCAGCGGCAGCAGCAGCAGCAGCAGUACUACCAGGCGCUGAUGGAGCUGCAGCAGCCGGUGACGCAUCACGCCGCGGACGCAGUGCCAGCAGGCCACCACAAGGCGGCGGACAUGCAGUCCAGUCUCGCCACCCGAAAUGCAGCACCGGCGAGUCACACGGGGACAGCAAGCGGCCAGAAGAAGAAUACAAGGCUGCCAGGACCCUCCAAGGCUUCCGCUGCGGGCAGCGGGGUCAGCAAGGCCCAGGGAGCGUCGAACCUCAACCGGCGGAGCCAGAGCUUCACCAGCAUAGACAAGGGCAAGCCCCUCCAGUAUGCAAGCGGCAACGACAGAGAAGCAGCGACGGGCAUUCCUCAGCCUGGCAGCAUGAACGGAAGUGCCCCCCCGCCGGCCCCCACCCCCACUGGCGUCAACGGGCAGCAGCUGGUCUCUGCCAUCCCCUCCCCCACCGCCAGCAAGCCCUGGCGUAGCAAGUCUAUGAACAUGAAGCACAGCGCCACUUCCUCCAUGCUGGCUGUCAAGACACCCAGCCCGGUCACCUCUCCCACGCCCCCCUCCGGCCCCGGACCGGGCCCUGGCCCUGGGUCCGGCCUGUCCCCCGACCGCUUGAGGCCCCCGCUGACUGAGGCGUCCAAGUCGGCCGGCGGGGGCCAGAGGUCCAUGAUGGACAGAUUCAGGCUGCUCCACGGGCGUCCAUCCUCCAGGCCCGUGGCAGAGCUGCCUCUGCAGGAGGAAGAGACGCUGUCAGAGUUGGGGGAGGACGUGCCGGCCGGGCCGGACUCCGUCUGCAGCAGCCCCCGCUUGUCGGCAAAGGCCUCCAACUCCGGAAACGGUAAGAGUUCCUCCAAGGCCCCUGGAGGAAAGUCGCCACUGUUGGCCAAGGAGAAGGAGGACAAAGGGAAGGUUAAGUGCAAGGCUGGAGCCCUCCCCAAGGAGGAGAAGGAGCAGCCGGCCGAGCCGAGCAAGAAGAACUCCAAGAUCGGCAGCCUCAUUCCCAAGGGGGGAAAGUCCUCGGCGGUCAAGAAGGAGGGCAACCUGCCGGCCUCUAGUGGCAUCCCCAAGCCGGGGCUGAAGGCAGCAUCUCCGGGGGGCAAGGCAACGGGGGGCCCUUCUGGCCUGAGCCCGGGGGCCCGGGAGCCAGAGAAGCCCAAACUCACCAAGGGCAGCCAGACCUUCUACGCGCAGCGUUCGCUGGAGGGCCGCCGCGCCAGCAUGGUGUCGUCCAGCAGCACGUCGGCGCUGUCCGGAGCCAUGGUGACGCCAGGGAGCACGCAGGCAGCCAAUGGCGCGGUGCAGCUCCCCCAGCAGCAGCACAGCCACCCCAACACCGCCACCGUCGCCCCCUUCAUGUAUAGGACCUGCUCGGAGAAUGACUGCACCUCUGUGGUGCCCCCAGACUCCUGCCUCAGCCCCACCAAGGGAGGCCUGGUCUACAGUAAGACGGCCAAACAGUGCCUGGAGGAGAUCUCGGGGGAGGAUCCCGAGACGAGGAGGAUGCGGACGGUGAAGAAUAUCGCAGACCUGCGACAGAACCUGGAGGAGACCAUGUCGAGCCUCCGGGGGGCGCAGCUGAGCCACAGCACCUUGGAGACGACCUUCGACAGCACGGUGACCACGGAGGUGAAUGGGCGUGGCCUGGCCGGCCUGGCCAGCCGUUCCUCCCCCAUGUCGUGGCGGCUGGGCCAGUCUCCCAGCCCCCGUCUGCAGGCCGGCGAUGCCCCCUCCUUGCCCAGCGGUUACCCGGCGCCCCGCCCCGCCCCCUCGGCUCGCUUCACGCCCUCAGAUUCCUCCCGCUUCAUGUACGCCCCGCCCCUCCGGCGGGCGUCGGGCCCGCGGGCGGCAGAGCUGGGGGAGAAGGGGGGCCCAGAGGGUGGCACCGAGGUGGAGGUGGCUGGAUACAUGAGUGACGGGGACAUCCUGGGGAAGAAUGUGCGUCUGGACGAGGUCACCAGCGGGUACCUGACGGACGGGGGCCUCAAUCUUUACUCCCGGAAUGUGGUCCGUGGGCCGGAACCAACCUCGACCCGUGACACCAUUCAGAGGGGCGUCGGCGAGGUGCAGAUGGAUCCUGAUAGUUGGGAUGACAGCAGCUCCAUCAGCAGCGGCCUAAGCGACACACUGGAUAACAUCAGCACGGACGACCUGAACACCUCCUCCUACACGGACAUCUCAGCCUCCCCCCGCAAGAGCGCCUCUCAGGUCAAAACAGACUCGCAUAAGCGUGCGGCGACUGUGGUGGCACCGGGCCAUGAUAGCGCCCCCUGGCCAGCAGGGGAGGACCUGAAGAAGUUGGACGAGGAGCUGUGCAGUGCCAUGGACUCCAGAUGGAAGCCUUCCUCCAGCUCUGGGGCGUCUCCCGGGCACAGCGAGGAUCCGGACCGGACCGGGCAGAAAACCGGCCUGCCGUUGUCUCAGACGGGCUCCUGGAGGCGGGGCAUGACUGCUCAGCUGGGCGUCACAUCCUCACGGACCAAAACCCCUACAGGAGCACUAAAAACCCCUGGAAAGACGGAUGACGCUAAGGCCUCAGAGAAGGGCAAGGCUCCAGCCAAGGGCACAGGAAUCCAGCGCUCUCCCUCCGACGCCGGGAAGAGCAGCGGGGACGAAGGAAAGAAGCCUCCGUCGGGCGUGGCCCGUCCCCCCACCACCGGCUCCUUCGGCUUCAAGAAGGUGAUCACGGGCAGCGGGGCCACACUCGCAGGCGGCUCGGCCACCCUGGGCAAGCUGCCCAAGACCUCGGCGCUCGGGAAGGGCGGCCCGGCCGGCGCGGUCAACGGCGUCCGUAAGACGAGCCUGGACGAGGCCCAGCCGCAGGACGACGGGGCGCUGCUGAGCAUGGCUGCGUCUCGGACGCCGCUGCAGUACCGCUCGCUGCCCCGGCCCGCCAAGUCGUCAGCCAGUGGCAUCGUAGGCCGCGCCAGCCACCGCUCCAGCUCCAGCAGCGUGGACUCCAACGUCAGCGGAAAGUCGGCGCCCGCCCCCAAGCGCCGUGACGGCAGCAAGGCGGAAUCCGACCGCUCCAGCCCCGUCACCGUCAACCAGACAGACAAGGAGAAGGUGGCAGUGUCCGACUCGGAGGGCACCGGCCUCACACCCAAAUCCAGCCCCACCUCCACGGGCCAGUCCGGCCUGCGGCUGCCCGGCCCCAAAUACCCCGACAUCGCCUCUCCCACCUUCCGCAGGUUGUUCGGCUCCAGUAAAAGCAGCAGCAAGGCCAGCUCUCCCGGGACCCCCGAUUCCGGCAAGGCCCCCUCAGCCCUGGGUAGCCCCCAUGGGCCCCUGGCGCGGCAGGUCAGCCUGGACUCGCCGUCCUCGGGCACGGGCAGCAUGAGCAGUGGGCAGAGCGGCGGCAGCAGCCCCCUGUAUGCCCGGGGCCCCGAACUGACGGGCACCGCCUACGCUCCGUCCCCGAGCCCCUCUCAGGCCCGUCUCACAGGAAACGCCCCGGGCGGACAGGGCGGGGCCGGCCUGCACGCCACCCCCGAGUCCAUGGACCUGGCUGUCAGCCACCACAGCUCGCUUGCCGGACUCGCCUCGGGGCCCAAGGUGACACGCACAGGGAGUGUGAAGUCCACUCUGUCAGAGGGCAUGCCUCUUGACAGGAACACACUGCCCAAAAAGGGACUCAGGUACCCUCCCACAUCCCGGCAGACGUCCCAAGAGGAGGGGAAGGAGUGGCUGCGAUCGCACUCCACAGGGGGGCUGCAGGACACUGGAAGUCAAUCUCCUCUGUCGCCGCCUGGGACGUCAGCCACAGCCAGCAAGUACCACUACUCCAACCUGUUGAGCCCCACCAACCCGUCCCAGUUUGCCCUGCCCGGUACCAGCAUGAGCCGAUCCAACAGCAUCCCAGCCCAGGACCUGGCCUUCGACCUGCGGGCGGAGGCACACGCGCUGGGCGGCAGCGCCACCUCCCUGGAGGAGAGGCCGCGGGGCAUAAGCCGCUCAGGUUCCUUCCGGGACAGCACCGAGGAAGUGCACGGCUCCUCGCUGUCGCUGGUCUCCAGCACCUCCUCACUAUACUCUGCGACAGAAGAAAAGGCCCAUUCUGAGCAAAUCCGCAAGCUACGGCGCGAGCUGGACGCCUCGCAGGAGAAGGUGGCCAAGUUGACCUCCCAGCUGUCCUCCAACGCUCACCUGGUGGCCGCCUUCGAGAAGAGCCUGGCUAACAUGACGUGUCGCCUGCAGAGCCUGACCAUGACGGCCGAGCAGAAGGAGUCGGAGCUGGCCGAGCUGAGGGAGACCAUCGAGGCGCUGAAGACCCAGAACACGGACGCGCAGACGGCCAUCCAAGUGGCCCUCAACGGCCCAGACCACGCCCAGAAAGACCUGCGUAUCCGCCGGCAACACUCCUCCGACAGCAUGUCCAGUAUCAACAGCGGUGCCAGCCACUCCAGUGUGGGCAGUGCCACCGACGUGGACGCGAAGAAGAAGAAGAAGAAGAACUGGCUCCGCAGCUCCUUCAAACAGGCCUUUGGUAGCAAGAAGAAGUCGACCAAACCGCCGUCGUCGCACUCGGACAUCGAGGAGCAGACGGACUCCUCACAGCCGUCGUCGCCUAAGCUGCAGCACGCUGCCAGGCAGGGCAGCAUGUCCAACCUGAGAGCCUCGCCCUCCAGCUCAGACAAGUGUUUUUGCGAUAGCAAGUCUUCUCCCAUUUGGAUGCCAAAGAGGAGGCAAAAUGGUCACGUGAUCUACAAGCACAGAUCUCGACUGUGCGAGUGCACGGAGGCAGAGGCCGAGAUCAUCCUGCAGCUGAAGAACGAGCUGCGGGAGAAGGAGCUCAAACUGACCGACAUCCGGCUGGAGGCCCUGAGCUCCGCCCACCACCUGGACCAGAUCCGCGAGGCCAUGAACCGCAUGCAG